ACCUCCACCUCCAGCAGCAGCAGCAGUUGUUCCACUGGCAUGUGGCCAACCUGGAGUUCGCCAACGCGGCGAGGGCGGGGGAGCUGUCUCUGCGGCACUGGGCGCAGGACGACCCCUACGAGCUGCUGGGGGCGCAUGUGUUCACCACAGGCGGCAACAGCCGGCUGGUGCAGCUGCUCACUCGCGACCUGCCCAUCUUCUACCGCUGCCCCGUGGCGGAGAUCAGAUACGGUCACAGCGCUGCUACUGCGAAUGGCGCGGGCGGCGGAGGCAACGGAGGAGGAGGAGGCAGCAGCGGCGGUGUGACGGUGGUGACGGAGGGCGGUGCGGUGUUUGAGGCGACGGCGGCGGUGGUGACCCUGCCACUGGGGGUACUCAAGGCGGAUGCGGUGCGGUUCGAGCCGCCCCUGCCGCCCGCCAAGCAGGAGGCCAUACGCCGGCUGGGGUACGGCAGGCUGAACAAGGUAGCGCUGCUGUUCCCGCACGUCUUCUGGGACGCCUCCGUGGACACCUUUGCGUGUGUCAUGAGCGACAAGGAGCGCCGCGGCUCCAGCUUCCUCUUCUACUGCGGAGCGCACACAAGCGGUGGUGCGGUGCUGACGGCCCUGGUUGCUGGCACCGCCGCCAUCGCCAUCGAGUCCAUGAGUGACGAGGCGGCGGUGGCGGAGGUGAUGCGCGUGCUGCGAAACAUAUUCGACAACAAACCGCCGCAACAAGGCCCGCAACAACAACAUCACGGACAACAGCAAGGCCAGCAACAGCGAGGAGGAGGGGAAGAGCGGCGACAGGGAGGGGGAGCUGGUGGUGGUCAUCAGCGUGUGGUGCCUGAUCCCUUGCAGGCCUUUGUGACCCGCUGGGGAGCCGACCCCUACUCCCGCGGCUCCUACAGCAGCAUGGCGGUAUCCUGCCGCGGGGCCGCGGAGUAUGAGGCCAUGGCGGCCCCCGUGGCGGGUCGGCUGUUUUUCGCCGGGGAGGCCACCAUACACAAGUACCCGGCCACCAUGCAUGGCGCGAUGCUGAGUGGACUGCGGGAGGCGGGACGCAUUCAUUACGCGUUUGCACGCGCGAGGCAUGGACUGCCGCCGCGGGAAGACGACCUCCUCACCACCACCGCCGCCCCAGCCUCCCUCGAGCCGCCCGCCCCCGCCCCGCCCGCCCCCCUGCCGCCUCCCGCCCCCUCCCUGGCCCACGUGCGCCGCCUGCACUGCCUGGGUGCGGGGCUGCGGGGACUGUUCGGCCGCUGCGAGCCGGAUCUGGAGUUCGGCUGCUUCAGGGCGCUGUUCGGGCCGCAGGAGCCUGGUCAGCAGCAGUGGGCCGUCCUGCAGAUUGACCUAGGCUGCAUCCGCUCUCGGAGCAAAGUCACCGCCACCGGAGGAGGAGGAGGAGGACGAACAGCCACCGCUGCUGCCAGCGCCGCUGCUGCUGCUACCACCGCCACCCCCUCUUCCGUCUCCCUCUCCGCUUCAGAAAGCGGCGGAGAUGCAGCCGCUGCCGCCGCCGCUGCCGCCGUCGCAGGCGGCGGUCCACACCCUCACAAGCACCCCCACCAUCAACCCCACCCCUACCCUCACCCCCAGCAGCAGCAGCGGUGGCGGGCGGUGGUGCACCUGCCACUGCCUCGCGCCACAGUGGAGCAGCUGUGGUGCAUGCGAGGCGGUGACGACGCCCGGCUGCUUGCACUGUCAAGCCGCUUGGCCGCUGCGACGCAAAACACGGG